AAGUGGGAUUCCUUUCAAAAUCACUACGACGACGUUUUUGAAUCGCCAUUUUAGAAAAGAAGGAGAGCUGUUCGGAACAAAAGCAGUUAGUUAGCUACAUACUUCAACGCUUUGUUUACGCUUAACGAUAUAUUACAUAUUUUAUCCAGUGAUCCUACAACGUUGAAAUGUCUCGGGACAGAUUUAACAUUAACGUUAGAGGAAAUAACCGUGGAGUUGGAUUUCAACGCCGGGGAGCUGGGCCUGGUGGUCCGAUGCGAGGUGGAAUGGGUAACCUGAAUAAUUUCAGACAAAACCAACACCCCUUUCAAAGAGGGCCUCAUCCCGGUAACUUUGGAAAACCACCCAACCAGAUACGUCCGAUGACCCCUCAGAAGCCUCUGCCACCUACUAUUUCCCAGCCAGGCGCUCAACCGAUUCGGCCACCACCUACUCCUGGCCCUGCGCUAACCAUGAAGGGCCCCGUACAGCAACAGCAGGCCGCGGCCGCACCUCCGGCGACCGUAGCAGCACCACCGGCGCCCACAGCAACAACUCCAGCGACGGCAGCACCGACGGCCGCACCUCCGGCUGUUGCAGCAGCACCUCCGAAAGCCGCAGCAGCACCUCCGAAAGCCGCAGCAGCACCCCCGAAAGCCGCAGCUACACCUCCAGCAGCCGCAGCAGCAGCGCCGGCAGGUCAACCAAAAAUGCAGUCCCCACCUCCGAAGCCUGUUCCUCCGAAACCCGCAAUCUCAUCUCCCCCACCAAACCAAAUGAAGAAACCAGCACUUUCAUCUCCUCCACCAAACCAAAUGAAUAGGAACCAGCAAAGACCAGGCAACGCCAAUGGAAAUGGGCAUAAAUCUGCACCCUUGAACAAAAAACCUGAACCUCAAACUCAGAAUACUCAAAUGGAGGCCGAGGAAGCCCAGCACCCCAAGGAGUUGAGAGCGACGUUGUCAUCGCUGCGCAGACCUGGCGAGAAGACAUACACUCAACGAUGCCGCCUUUUCAUUGGCAACCUUCCCAAUGAUAUCUCAGAUGACACGUUCAAGAAGCUGUUUGCGAAGUAUGGGGAGCCCAGUGAGAUUUUCAUCAACAAAAACAAAGGCUUUGGCUUCAUACGCCUGGAAUCCCGUGCAUUGGCUGAGAUAGCUAAAGCUGAACUGGAUGAUGUGCCCAUGAAAGGCAGACCUCUUCGGGUGCGCUUCGCAACUCACUCUGCUGCACUGUCUGUGAAGAACUUGUCACCUUUUGUUUCCAAUGAGCUACUGGAGGAGGCCUUCUCCCAGUUUGGAGUGGUAGAGAGGGCUGUGGUAAUUGUAGAUGAUCGCGGGCGCUCCACUGGCAAGGGCAUUGUUGAAUUUGCCUCUAAGCCUGCUGCACGAAAGGCCCUGGAUCGUUGCAACGAUGGCGUCUUCUUGCUCACCACGUCACCUCGUCCAAUUGUCGUUGAGCCUCUUGAACAAUAUGAUGAUGAGGAUGGUCUACCAGAGAAACUGGCACAGAAGAACCACAACUAUCAUAAGGAGCGGGAGGAACCGCCCAGGUUUGCACGUCCUGGCACAUUUGAGUUUGAAUACUCUAAGCGCUGGAAGUCCCUGGAUGACAUGGAGAAGCAGCAGCGGCAGCAGGUGGAGAAGAACAUUCGCGAAGCCCGCGAGAAACUGGAGGGAGAGAUGGACGAUGCGUUCCAUGUGCACCAGGCCAACAUGAUCCGCCAAGAUCUGCUGAGGCGGGAGGAGGAACUACGGCGCAUGGAAGAGAUGCACAGUGCAGAGAUGCAGAAGAGGAAAGAGAUGCAGCUCAGGCAGGAGGAGGAGCGUCGCAUCCGCGAGGAAGAGAUGCUUCGCCAGAGGGAGAUUGAGGAGCAAAUGCGCCGCAAGCGUGAGGAGGCCUACAGGAGUGGCAACUUCAUGGACAAUAGGGAUAUGAGAAUGACUCAGGGUGGUGGCAUGGCUGACAAUCAAUUUGGCUCACCCAACCAGAAGUUCCCCAUGGGACACCAAGGCAUGGGGGGACCCAGCACUGGGGGAGCCAUGAUGCCCAACGAAAUGCGAAAUGAGCGAAACUUCCCUCAGGGAGGCCGAGGGGGACUGGGUCCUAACAACCAAGGGUUUGGCAGGGUCCGUGAGGAGUUUGAUGGGCCUGCCAAGAAGCCCCGCUUUUAAAUCUGUUCUGUCAUUCAUAGCAGCGUUUUUGUGUAGAUUCUCUGAACAUCUUCACAUUGAGUCAUAAUUGUUGUAUUUAAGUUGAAAGUGUUCUUGCAUUUUAGCCUGAAGACUCAUUCAUUUUUAUGGCAAGUUAGGUUUUUUUUAUUUUUUAUUUUGUAUUUGGAGUAGUGUGAAAUUAAUACAUUGGUCACCCUCAGUGAUCAUAGCGCUAUCUCACCUAUGUAUAACUUUCUUUCCAGUUGUAUCAUGCUCUGUGACUCGUGUCGUAAAUGGUGAUAAAUGUCAACUUUUCUCACCUUUCAAUGGCUGUGUUUUGUGCCAUUUAAGAAUUGAAGUAAAAACAUGUAACUUUACAAUAAAGACUUCAGUUGGUUCUCUCCAAACCCUCUUAAAGUUUAUUUUAGCCCAAUUUCGAGUUACCCUAAAUAAGCCCAGCAGGAGUUUUCAAGCCUUUUGCUCUAGUCGCCAUCUAUUAAGUGGGUCAAUUGUUGACUAAUAUAUUGCCUAGCUUACCCUGGAUUUUGGAAUGCCCGGGGGUGACUUUUUAAUGUUAUUCAUCACCAUGUUCCCAUGUGAAUGAAAUUGAACAAAUAUGCAUACUGAGACAGUAUUGCUAAAGCCAAGAAAGUUGACAUUUUAGAGCACAGUUGGGCCAAGUAGAAAUUGUACUUGUGGGGCCCAAUGUUGACAACGGAAAUAAGCAGUCCUGGUGUCAAACUCGACUAAUGCUUCUAGCAGUGUUUUGUUUAGAAUAAAACAAUAUAUUUAAAAAAAAAAAUCUGGAUUUAGUAAUGCCCUUGGAAAGUCUGUUAAAAUGACAGUUUCGGUUCAGUUUUUCAACUUUCAUUAACAAUUGUUUUAAAUGUAUGACUUUGUCUAGCCCUAAUUGAAGUGAUAUGGUCUUUGACAACUGCUGUUUCUUUGGCGUUGAUAAAGGAGUUAUGUUGGACUGUUCCGAAGUUGGCUACAUAUUGAACCAGGGUCGAAGGUCCACCUUGACCAUCGCUAAUCUUUUUAAAAGCAGCACUUCGUUCAUAAGUCUCUUGACAUUAUGUAAUCUGUUACAUUCCAAUGAAUGUAUCAUACAAGAAAAUGUAUGAAAAGGAUCUAUAAAUCUUAACCUAAAUUCUAGUUCCAGCCACUGUCUAACGUGUGCAAGUCAUUAGUCAAAUGGUCAUGUUAUUACGAGAAACUGUGAGGGGGACCGGUAGCGUGUGGUUUUGCCCUCAAUGGUAACGUAGAACUUUUCAGCCUCCUUUUUAUUUAUGGCUCUUUCCCUGGAUUUCUUUAGUAGCUCUCCUAGCCUAAGCGCUGUUGAUAACCAAGAGUGGUGUGAACUGAUUCAUUCCAGCGAGUACCACUGUCACUUAGAAUUUUCACAUGCAGAUUAGACAACUAAGUCUGAAACUAUCAUGGAAGCGUUAAAGGGGUAUUUUCGCGAGCCAAUGCUAGCGUUUGUGCUAGCUUACCGCAAAGACCAGAUGUCUUGAGGGUGUUACCUGAACUUCCCAUCUUUGCUAAGCUAUUUAGCAUUGUCUUGCAAAACUACCUCUUUCUUCAAUCUGGAUGGAUAGACCAAUGGUAGCCAGAAGUUCACCUGACUCUGGGGAAUUAAAUAAUGGGCUCACACUUCCCCUAGUAUUAGGGCAGAUAUCUUUCACGCAUUUAUGAAGAUGCGUUAUGAAAGUGCCAGCCAUUUGCAACAUUUUUUUAAAAGUCUUUGAUUACACCUCAAUCUAUUUUCCAACUGAGACUUAAGGUGACACACAAGGGUAGAUACCUCGGCAAUUAAAAUAAAAUAGUUUUUUACCAAAAAAAAAACACUUUCUGUGUAGGAACAUUUCUUUACUGAAGAUAGGAAAUUCUCACCCUUUUUAAAUAUUUUAUUUUUUACAUCGGUAUGGAAAUAGCACCAGUCACUAUGUAGUUGAACUCAAUAGGCUCUUACAAUUUCGGCAAAAUUUUGAACUCAAGAAUUACAGCAAAAAGAUCGAUCAUGGUUGUGGAGCAUGUUAAUCAAAUGACUAAACAUUCAGUUUAUCUAACCCGUUGUCUACUCAAAUAUCUGAGUACCAUGACAAAAGUAAUGUAAACCAUUAAAUGUUUCUGUUUUCUGUACAUUUCUUCUUUGACAGGUUUGGCCACCUUAUUAAAGGUUGCCGUGUGUAAGGAGACCUUUCUAAACCAAGAAAUCAUAGGCCGAACUGAGUAGCACUUAAUACAGUUUACUCCUAUGACUUGUCUUAAACAGACCACCCUGAUGAAGACAGUCUUGCCUUAGUGAAGAGUUGGCAGUUAAGGUUCAAGUCGGUGUUCAGUAUUGUAACAGGGUACCAGUUGGUGAAAUAGUUUUGAUUUUAACAACUGAUUGGAACAGACACCCCAUCUAAUAUUCUUACUGGGUGUUAUUGCCAAUGGAUCUAGAAGAUUUGGGAGACUAUGGGAUCCAGUUUGCCUGAAUGGCUGAAUAACAAGACCAAUGAUUGGAUCUGGCACUGCUUGUUAGGGUGUAUGUUUCUAGGUGUACUCGGUCAGCUCUUGCUGGACUACUCACCAAGUUGGUCAACUUGCAUACUAAUGUAGGCCUACAGGCAACUCAGUUGGAUAUAGGCCCAGUAGUAGCAAUAUACUGAGAAUGAUCUGACUUCAUUUUAAAUGGAAUUUAGACUUGAUCUGUGGAAAUCUGAUGUUAACAAAGAAUUACAUGGGGUUGCUUUAUUUUAGCUUCUUGGGCUGUGUUUACAGGCAGGCCAAUUCUGUUAUUUGUCCCACUAAUUGGUAUUUUGACAUCAGAUCUUUUCAGAGCUGGUCUCAUUCGUCAAAAGAACAAUUAGUGAGAAAAUAAUCAGAAUUGGGCUGCCUGCCUAAACACAGCCAUAGUAUCAUACUCUUACAUUUGCAGAUGGAAUACAGAUCAGGGGACUAACUAAUGAUUAAAAUGUUGCUAGCUUUGUUUAUAUGCACCUUUAGUGGGGAUGUAGACCACCCCUUAGUUUUUUUAUGUAUAUGCUGAACAAAAAUAUAAACUCAACAUGCAACAAUUUCAAAGAUUUUACUGAAUUACAGUUCACAUAAGAAAAUUGGACAACAGAAAUAAAUCCAUUAGGCCCUAAUCUAUGAAUUUCACAUGAUUGGGCAGGGGCAAAGCCAUGAUGGGAGUGCAUAGGCCAACCCAUUUGGGAGCCAGGUCAAGCAUAGUUAGUUUUCCCCUGGAAAUGGGCUUUAUUACAGACAUACCCGUCAGUUUCAUUAGCUGUCCGGGUGGCUGGUCUCUGAAGCCGGAUGUGGAGGUCCUGGGCUGGCAACCGCUGUACGCGGUUGUGAGGCCGGUGUGACAACCUCGUAUUUUAUUGGCCCUUUAUCGUCCCCAGUACAAGGUGCACCUGUGUAAUGAUCAUGCUGUUUAAUCAGCUACUUGAUAUGGUAUACCUGGUGGAUGGAUUGUUUUGGCAAUGGAGGAAUGCUCAUUAACAGGGGUGUAACCAAAUUGGUGCACAAAAUUUGAUGUGCCUCUUGUGCGUGUGGAUUUUUUAUUUUAGCUCAUGGGACCAACACUUUACAUGUUGCGUUUUUAUAUUUUUGUUCAGUGUAUAUAUAUUUUUAGAAUAGUGUUGUCCUGGCUUUGUAUGGAUUAUAGAAGUACUCCAUUCUGAUAGUUUUGUAUCAAAGACCUUGUAUAACCGAUGGAAGUCUUUGGUAGAACUUCCCCUUAUUCCCCGUCACCCUUCAGCAGACUCAGGAGACCUGCGUACCUAUAAGGAGCGAGAGGCUUGUCUUUUUCAAGUGUCUUGAGUGCAUGGGGGUGCAGUAGCUGUGCAAUAAAGUCCAACAGCCAGCCUGCCCCAUUCCACAGUAGAGGCUCCGGCAGUUGGUUACGUUGAGGAUCAGUAGUUCUGCAGAAGUCAGUGGACAGUAGAGCCUGGACUUGUGUGCAGCGAGAGGUAUGCUUACAGAGCCACUGAGAAGGUAAGUGUUCCUGUUUUAUGAUUUGUUUAAAUGCCAAACUUAACUGCUCUACCUUCCUCUCACGUAAUGUGACGAUACAGGGGUUCUGGCAUCACACUUCUGAAAAAUGGAAUCACAGUGCAGUACUUGUUCCUCCCUCCUGUAUGUGAACUUGUGGCAAUGUUUGUUUUUUAGCCUGUGCAGUAUCUGAUAUUUUCCCUUUCAUUUUUGACCAAAGCUGGUCUCUAUGAAACGAGCUGUAUAUGGAUGGCUGUGUCACUGGCUCAACAAUGAAUAGUGUAUGAUGGUGUAUACCCUCAACUCUACUUUAGGCCAGUGUAGUCAACACAACUCCUUUUGCAGAUCCUUCUCUUUCAAGCUGUAAUGACCUUUUGAAACCAAGUGCAAAGUUCUCACAAACGUAUUAGGGGGGGGGGGGUGUGUGAUGGAUUUAGCUGGCAUUUGGAUCUUGACAUUGAAUUCAUGGCUUCCUUGGCACUGUAGAAGGGACUCGUAACCGAUUGGUAGUCACAAGAAAUCGUUGGUGGGCGGCGCUUUAUUGUUGUCCUAUUCAUGACAUCCUAUUUCAUCAAGUAAUAGAAGUGAUUUGUGAAGCUUGUCUUUUGUCCAGUGUUUCCCGAGUAUUACAACAGCAUUUACUUUGCCUAUAUUGCAAACCUUGAUACAGUAGCCUACAUUGUAGACCUAGGCCAAAAUGUUUCAAGUAAGGUGUAUCGUAGUACUUGAGCACAGGACUCUGACUCAAGUCGAACUAGGUUAUUUGCAAUAGAGAUAGUGUUGAUGUAAACAAACAAUAUUCAGAGCUUGACAUUUGUUCUGGGGGGUUGGGGUUUGUCUGGGGAAAUGAGAAUCAUCCUGUUGACCUUUAACUUUUUUUUACUUGACGUGUGCUCUACAUGGACUGACUUGUUUUGGGAGUCUGCAAUGCAACACUGGCUAGCAAUAUAUUUCAAUUUUAAGGCAAAACUCAGAACCUCUUAACGAGUCAGUAUUAUCAGAUUUCAGACUGUCUGAAUACCCAUAUUAGCGUACUACAUACUUUACUCAGUCACAUACCGUGAUGCAUGCGGCUCCUGAGUAGGUGGGGCGGGGCCAAGUGUGGGUGAUUGUUUUUCCUAAUUCAACACAGGCAUUGAAUUAACCAGCCUGAUAAUGGAUCAUUUCCAAUUCAAUAUAUUUCUCUUAAUUAGGGCUGUCCCCGAAAUAUAUAUAUAUUUUUUAAAUGAAACAAAUCUUGGUUGACUGAGUCUAUUCUUUUGACCUUUAAAAAAAUAAAUGUUUCAUAAAUCUUCCAUAUGUAGACAACCAGAAGAAAAAGACUAACAAUUCUCCUGCUGGCUUUUGCAGAUUCUGCCCUUACACUCCUGAAGUUGCCAGUGAUGGGCUUCACGGAGUUAGCCACCUUUUUAUUUCUUAUGUGGAAUGCCUAUAUAUUUCUACCGAUCUGUGUGCAAGUUAUGGUUUUCAUGUGCAUAUUUUCCUGUAACAGUUUCAAUAAUAAUAAUAAUAUCUUUUUCCAAAUCAUUGUCAUGGUCUACUCAACAUUCUAUGUAAAUGACACAAACUGAAAAGGAACUUCCAUUGCCAACUAUGUGAAACUAGUCUACGUAAAGCCAACAAAAACAUUGCAACUUGCAGGUAGAGUAUAUAUUUUAAGUCUUAUAAAGCACAUUGGCUAUGCAUGGGCCUGUCUGCAAUGAACUUGAAACAUUGUAUCAACUUAACUUGGGUGAGGCCCAGAGACUUGCACUAGUGAAUGUUGCAACAUUGUGCAAAAUAUUCUGGGCCCUCAGUUUCCUGUGCCAGUGAGCUUGGGACAGACACGGCUGAAAGCUAUUUGCGCAAGAGUUAAGUGGUGCUGGAUUUGGGCAGGAGCUCACUGGAGCCGAGUACCGGCACCUCAAAUGUUCUACUGCUUAAGCUCCUGUUCCUCUUUUUAUAGAAUAAUAGCUCAAAAGGUAUUGUGGAGUUCCUGUACCUAAAAAUAAACUGUACUGGAACCUAUUUCAGUCCAAGUCGAGCACUGAUAGAAUAUGCUGAUUUUAAUUAUGUUUCCAUUAGAUCAGAGCAUGCUAUUUCUGGAAAUAAUUUUUAAAUACAUUGAGGAACUAUUGUCAUUAUCAAUGGAUGUAAAAACCGACUUUGUUUGCUUGCUUUUUGAGUUGAAGGAAUUGUUUACUUUUGAGUAGCUCCACUGCUCAUUGGUGGUGGACACUUCAUAUGGGCUGCAAUUUCUGAGGCUGGUAACUCUAAUGAACUUAUCCUCUGCAGCAGAGGUAACUCUGGGUCUUUCCUGUGGCUGUCCUCAUGAGAGCCAGUUUUAUUAUAGAGCUUGAUGGUUUUUGCAACUGCAUUUAAACUUUCAAAGUUUAAUAUUCCGUACUGACUGACCAUGUCUUAAUCUUGGAACUACCCAUCCCGGAUCUGGGAGAGUUGUCAUCAACUACACUAAUUAGCAUAGCGCAACGGUCCAAAAAUAUUACUAGAAAAUAUUCAUAUUCAUGACAUCAAGUGAAAUAUAGUGAAAAACAGUUUAGCCUUUUGUUAAUCACCCUGUCAUCUCAGAUUUUGAAAUUAGGCUUUACAGCCAAAGCAAGACAAGUGUUUGUAAGUUUGUCGAUAGCAUAGCAUUAUGUCCAGCUAGCAGCAGGAAGCUGCAAAUCAGAAAAGCAAUCAAAUUAACCGUUUACCUUUGCUCUUCGGAUGUUUUCACUGACGAGACUCCCAGUUAGACAGCAAAUGUUCCAUAAAGAUUAUUUUUAUACCCAAUUUGUAUGUUUAUUAAAUUAUCAAAGCUUGAUGAUUAGUUGACUAUUUCAAUCAGCUGUGUAAUGCUGGGGCAAAAACCAAACUGUGCACCCCUUGGUGUUUGGGAAACUCUGGUGUAUGUGUCUAGUGACUGUAGGGUCAGUGCAGAUAGUUUGGGUACCAUUGACUAUUUAGUGGUCUUAUGAAGCUGUCUGAGCCUGUUGGUCCGAGAGCCGAUGCUUUGGUACCGUUUGCCGGACAGUAGCAGAGUGAAGUCGGUCUUGGGUGGCAGCAGUCUUUGGCAAUUUUUGGGCCACCUUCUGACACCGCUGGUCAGCAACAUAAUACACUAAAGCACUUCAUUGGGAACGAGAUGAUGACUGCAACAGCUUGAUCAUAAAUGUUUAAAUAAUAUGUUAAAAACAGGAGGACUGAAUUUAAAAAAUAUAUAUAAUUAUACAUGACAUCAACCCAGUAACAUCCCGAGUCCCCGGUGCAAACACAUUCAGUAAUCAAAAGAUGGUUUAGUAUUUAGUAAGAACAAAACACACUUCCAUGAGAACAGAUCAACUUUAGGUUUCAAAGAUUUAGCCUACGGUGCAACACUAUCAUUUUAAGGUGAACAAACUACUUAGCCUACAUUUGAACACCGCCGCAGAAGCUUUGCUAUUCGACGUCGUCCGAAUGAAGUGGGUUAGUUUUGUUUGACUACUUGAAGAGAGCCUAUAUCUUUCGCAGUCCACCUGUUCCAUUAAAGUAUGGGAAAGUGCAUGGAAUUCUAAAUGAAGAGCCAAAAUUUGUCUUAACAUUCUGGCAUUUAAACCAUACUAUUUACAAAAAAUGUACAUGUUAUAACAUUCUAUUUUCUCACACUGAGAAUGAGUCAUGCGAGAUUGUAUUCUUUCCCACUAUUUGAUUUCGGUAGCGCAUCCCCAUAUCUAAUUGGUCAGCUGAAAUGAGUGACAUCAGGGCAUUUUAAAGUAUACUCUAUCAGUAUGUUGCAUACUAUGAUUAUUUUAAUUUUUUUGCAUACUCAGCCUAUUUAGAACGCAAGUAUGGGUAUUCGGACAUGUCCACAGCAUUCUCAAUGUAGAAAUACUAGAGCAGUGAAUUGUACUAAUAUUUGAGGUCUUUGUCAUAGGCAGAAAUGCAGUGUUGUCACAUACCAGUAGCCCGUUUCUGUUUUGCACAUGCAUGAUCGGCAACCUCCAAUUUUCAUGGUUUACUCGUGGGAUCUUACUUUCAUUUGUUCCCCUAGGUAAAUUAGGAAGGUUUUAGUUUAAUGUGACUUUUGUUAGACCCAGCUUGAAUUUAUUUACUGUGAGGUAGUAAUGGUAAUAAUAAUCACCUUGCUGAUUUAGGGAACAGCCUAACUUAUGUAGAAUGUAAUUUUGGAGUAUUGCUAAGCUCAACUAGAAUGUGUUGAUCUACUGGGCUGUUCUUGGGCGGGGUGGACAGUCAAGAUACUGGGUUUGGGUCUAUCUGCGUCAUUCACAACCUAGAUAUGCAUAAAGAGCACUUCACUUUAGUGUGGCAGCUGCCAUAAAGGCACUUUCUCUUUCUCUCUCCUGUGUUUUGAAACGAUCUGUGGCACUGUCAAAAAAUGGCAGCCUGUUUCCCCCCCUUGUGCAUUUCAUGGGUCAAAGUAUCGUAAAUUGUCCUUAGUAGUGACAUUCUCAAGCCAGUGGCCAGCCAGCCAAUCAAUUGUAAAGGGUUCUUCUGUACAGUUCACAAGGACUGUGCCAACCUUGAUGUAGCAGCUUGUAUGUAAACGGUGUCUCAUGCAGCAAACUUAGUGUUGGUAAUCUUGGACUAAGCGUCUUGUGUAGAGAACUACCAUGAGCAGUGAAAUCAGCCCCAGGGCUGUCAUGUGUCUGUCUGCACUGUGAUCCAUUUACCCUCGGAGGUCUCCUCUUUGAGUGGUCAGUCUGCUUCUCCGUAUCCCCUUCAGAGUGUGAUGCCAGAACUACCCUCCAGGGCCUUAGGGCUGCUACUGGAAGGGCAAUGCCCUUUCCAAACUCGCUCUGCAAGACCGACGUCGCAAAUACCAAUCAUGAGGUAUAAGGUGAAAGAGUCUUCAUAGGUCCAACUCCUGACGUUUUGGGGAUUUGCUAUAACAAUACUUUUCCAGUGUCAACCAAGUCAAGCUUACCUUGCUUUGUAACCGUUUUCCAGUUCUCACGUAUUUGCAUGAUUGGUGUUAUGGCUCUUACGCAUUUGCCUGUUACCACAGAAGUUACAAAAAACAUUAGCUAUAAAGUGACCUAGGAUAUAUAUACUUACUACUUGUCAAAAUGCACCCGUAUUAUUGGGUUUGCUCUAUUUUUAUGUAUGUCUUUUUGGCACAAGUUCUUUACUUUCACAUUUUAAAGUAUGUCAGUCAAUUAAAUCUAGUGCAUGCCUGUACUAUAGUUUUUGUAAUUUAAAAUUCCCAUAAACAUCCUCUACAUCCAUGUAGUUUAGCACUCAAUUCCACAGCUAUUUGUAUAGGAAUGUCUUUCCCAAGUUCCUAGCUUCGAACUCAUUGUUUCUCUCUCACUGCAGGGGCCUCGGGUGAUUGUAGGAGGCUGAUGAGAUGCUCCUGGUCUAACAUAUGGUUAACUGAAGAGACUGUCUGUACAAACCGGAGCAGGGGCCUUUCUGGUCUCCUAAAGCACGGAAAUGGUUCUGUGGGUUGGUUGAACUGUUCUUCAACAUGUUAGUCUAAAUGGGAAGAGUUCUGAUGCCGCACCAGGCUCCAACCAGCAGAGAAGCUAGAAGUUCAACGGGAGAUUAUUUUAUUUUUUCUACACGCUAUUGUAAUAAAAGGUUCAACUUUGA